UUAUUAUAUGGUGGUAUGUACUUCCGGGUGAUUGUCAGGGUAUUUCCUGUGUCUUGUCAACAAACCUGAAUUCCUAUAUAGGGCACGCGCUUUAUUUACUGCAUCAAUAUUUAUGUCGCGUUUGGGUUAAAAAGGGGAAAAACGUCACAAUAUCAAUGCUAAACGUUCCUCUAAAUUCAAUGGUCCGUUGCAAGUUUGCUAAUAAUCAUCAUUAAUGGCAGUUUCACAUUAGUACAUACGUCUACUGUUGUUAUAACGAAGCUCAUCUUCAUCAUCCUCAUCUUCUUCUCUGCUCUGCUAUUAUUUCCUUCAAACGAUGACUUCCGGAAAUCCUAACAUUAAUGAAAAAGUGCUGCAGUAUGAAUCUUUUAUCAAUGAUGUUUUGAAGCAAGAUCUGCAAAAGGUUUUAGAGCAAAGGGAUGGCGUGUAUGAGAAAAUAGCACAGUACCUUCAACUGAAGAACACAAUUAAAAGCAUACAGGAAACUGGAAGCAAAGAGCUGAAGACUGAUGUUGAUCUCGGGUGUAAUUUCUACGUCCAAGCUCACGUGCCCGAUACCUCCAAAAUCCUUGUUGCUGUUGGCUACGGGUUUUUCCUGGAGUUGACUCUUUCGGAAGCACUGGCCUUCAUAGAGAAAAAAAACAGACAUCUUACAGAAUACAGCGAGAUUCUUACCAAAGAUGCAGCGAAGAUCAAAGCACACAUUCGCCUGGUUUUGGAGGGUUUAAGGGAACUACAGGGUCUGAAAGAUGUUGACGAGACGCCGAGACGAGAGGUGUUUUAAAUCCCUAGCAGCAAUGUGAUGGUCUUUUUAAGACAUGACACACGGCGCUUGUACUGUAAAGCGAUACGUAUGUCAGCGGCACCUUUUUUCCCUUAACAGGUUUUACUGUUACAUUACACAAAGGAUUGAAUACAGUGUGUGAAUAAAGUAAUUUGAAAACCCUUGACUACAGCAGUGAUCUUUUAGCGACUGUGAAGGUCCCUGCCUGAGAUGGUGACUAAUUGAUGUAUGAGAAAGAAAAAAAAAAAUAGAUGACUCAUAUUCUUUGGUGGUGAUGUGGAGUCUUGGUUUAGUCACCAGAUUAUUAAGUGCUGUGUAUUUCGCCCAUGCAUAGUAUUGGACACCUUCUUACUUUUCAUUUAAACCCCAGCACAAUAUCAAGCAUGGAGUGUUUUCUGCUUGUAUCAUGAGUCACCUUGAAUAAAAGUGUCAGUCCAAUGAA